GGCAAUGAAAAUCGCGUUUGCGGUGCUUUAGGUUUCUUGCCGCUUGCCGUAGUCCAUUAUCCAUCAUGGCGAGGCCGCAGGAUGUCCACGUAGGAAUAUGUGGACAGGAAAUUAUCAAAUAUGACUUGGAAUUAAAAGCCCUCAUUCAGGAUAUUGGCAGAUGCUCGGAGCAAAGCGAGUUGAUGGAUCUCAACUGCAAAGUAAAAGAAACAUUUAAUCAACUUCGACAGCGCAUUCAGGAUAUGGAGCAUAUGGCGAAGGAACAAGACAAGGAGUCCGACAUGCUGGCUAUACUGAAUGAAACGGAAUGCCAUCGCAAGCAGAUGUUAAGUAACCAGACAGCAUGGAGAAAAGCCAACCUUGCCUGCAAGUUGUCCAUCGAUAACAUCGAAAAGGAUGAGUUGUUUCAGGGUGGAGAUGCCUCAGUGAGACAGAGAAAGACAACUAAAGAGAGCCUUGCCCAGACCACCAGUGACAUCACGGAGAGCCUCAUGAACAUCAGUCGAAUGAUGUCACAGCAGGUGCAGCAAAGUGAGGAGACCAUGAGCUCACUGGCCACGUCUUCGAGAACCGUGCUGGAAACACACGAAGAGUUUAAGGCCAUGACAGGAACCAUACAGUUGGGGAGAAAACUCAUCACAAAGUACAACCGGCGGGAGCUGACAGACAAACUGCUGAUCUUCCUCGCUCUCGCCCUGUUUCUGGCCACCGUCCUGUACAUUCUGAAGAAAAGGCUGUUCCCCUUCAUUUAGCCGGAGUAAACGGAAACGCAGCCGAACCGAGACCUUUCGCACAGUCAGACUUUCCACAAAGAAACGCAGAGGACGUGUCCCGUUCAGGAGGAGUGCCUUAGACAGUGAGGGGGUUUGUCGCAGAUCUGUUAACGUCCUCAUGGUGCAGCCAGUGUCAUGUGACACAGGCAGCUUCACCCCAGACUGGCAUCUUCUGCCUUGUUAAUGUAAUUAGCCUUCAGCCACAAAAGUUCUGAAUGGAUAUUAAUGCUAUUUGUAACGUUGUUACUCUGCUUCCAUACUCAUAGUUAUCAUCAUCCUUGUUAAAUAUUGCCCACGCUGGGUGUCAUGGUAGGUAUGGUGUUUGUCAUGUGCGCUGUACCAGGAAUACAUGCAUGAAGUAGGGUCCCACUCAGAACUCUCCUUAUUUUCUAUGUCAGCUUAAACAUUCAGUGAUAGUAAUUCCAGUAUUUGACUCUGGUGAAGAGCAGCUGCAGUUUGUGGUUGGGAUAUAUUAUGCCACCUAUAUGUAGUAAUUAUAUUUUUAAUUUUAAUAACUGACAGGCUCUCACAUGUACAUGGUAUAAAUAAAGUAACUUAUUUUUA